UGGAAAUCCAUUCUCACACCAUAAAAUGGCUCCAUCCAAAUUCUUCUCCUUCUCAUCGCUCCUUUUCAUAUCCAUCACAUUGUUUUAUCAAGCUAAUGCUCAACCCGGUGGUCAAACAACUUUGACUUUCCACCUUCAAGACACUGCAAAAGGGCCCGGUGCAACCGUCACCCCAAUCAUUGGGCUCCCCGGAAGGGACUGGACCUUCGACCAAUUCGGAACCAUAAUUGCAAUGGACGACCCUGUCACCAUGGGCCCAAGUCCACUGUCUACUCAAGUGGGCCGGGCCCAGGGGCUUCUGGUAGUAUCAGCCAAGGAUGGCGCUAAUGUGAACGCGAUUCUUUCGAUCGUGUUCACGAAUGCGGAAUUCAGUGGAAGCACGCUACAGAUCCAGGGCGUUAGUCGGCAACGCGAGCAUUAUAAAGAGCUUUCGGUGGUGUCUGGAACUGGGAGGUUUGCUUUUCUGAGGGGUUAUGCUACACUUGAAACUGUCGUCUAUGAUCCUGCAACAGCACAUUCUGCCAUUCGUUUUAAUGUAACUUUGAGACCUUGAAAAUAUUUUUAAAUUUAAUAAUAAUUAAUAAAUUGUUUUUAAUGUACAUAAAUUCUUCUUUUACUUUUCUCCACAAAAUUCGCAAUA